UGUUAAAUCAUGCAAUCUGAACAGAAACAGUUAUUUUUUGAUGAAAAACAAGCUACUUUAAAAAAAGAUUAUGAUGUGAAAAAUGACAUAGUUGAUACUAUCAGAUCAGUAAUUAAACCACAAAUUUUGGAAAGUAGUUGUCAUUAUAAACUGAAAAAUGUGAAAAUUGAUUUGCCGAAGAUAAAUAUUCCAAAUGAAGUCCUAUGGAAACAUGAAGUUGACAAAUACAGAAAAUUAUUUCAGCAUAAACCACAGACUGCAAGGAAAUCUACCAAUAUAAAGACUGUAAGCUAUAUAGAGGAGCUCCGUAAGUCUGAGAGAGUUGAAGAAGCAGGUAUAAAAAUGUCUGCAAAAAUACUCAGUUUCAACUGUUUAAAAUGCCAAGAUAGCACUCGAUAUAGCCCAAAUGAUCUGCAGAAACACUUUCAAAUGUGGCACCAUGGCGAAUUACCUUCAUAUCCUUGUGAAAUGUGCAGUUUUUCAGCAAAUGACUUCCAGAUAUUUAAACUACACAGACGAAUCCAUAGGGGCACUUCAGUAAAAUGUGACAUUUGUAACGAUGAGAGUGUGUAUACUUUAUUAGACUUAACAAAACACUUUGUAUCCAAACAUUGUGUAAAUGGUAGUUUUCAAUGUGAAAAGUGCACAUUCUCCACCCUGGAUGUUGGCACAUUUGUUCAGCACAUUCAUAGACACAAUGAAAUCCGUUAUAAAAGUGAUAAAUACCAUCAUACAUAUUUUACCAGAGGAGAGAUUCAGAAGCACCUUCAUGUUCAUUCUGUUACAUUUCCCUUCACUUGUCAAUAUUGUAGCUAUGGUGCCACAAGGAGAGAGCACCUUGUAAGACAUGUUUUAACUUUACACAAAGAACAUUUAUAUGCGAAAGAAAAAUUGGAAAAAGACAAAUAUGAAAAAAGGAUGGCACAGACUUCAGUAGGACUUAAGCUAAUACUGGAAAGAUACAAAAUAGGUGCAUCUAGGAAGAUAUUCUGGAAACAUAAGAAAAUAAGCAAUGGAAGUGAUCAAAGUAUAGAACAAAACACUGAAAUGCUUAAAAAAGUGAACAAAACACAGGCUAAAUCUGAAGACCAGAGCCAUCUUACCCAAGAACAUUUAAAUGAAGAAAAGGAUGAGCAACUGCACUGUGAGAGUAAUGAUAAACCUGCUGAGUCAGAGUCUGAAAAGCCAACUCUUCUGUCCACUGGACAGUAUAAUAGAGCUGAAGAACUAUCAAAUUCUACUUCAGGUUUCUCGAAGACUGCUGUACAGGGACCUACAGUGUUAAUGGUAAAAAAUAAUAGAAUAACAGUUCCAGCUAACUAUAGUGCUAAGUUUAUGGGCUUCAAGAUGGUGGAUGGAAAACAACAUAUUGUAAUAAAAUUGUUGCCUACCAAUAAACAGAAUUUAUAUUCACCAGGCUCACAGUCAGGUGCUGAAAGGGACAGUACUGCUAAUUUGCAGCUGCAGAGUUUGGACACCACUGGAUUUUUAACAAGAGUAACAACUGAGUUAAGUGACACAGUUUACAUGAAAGCAACUUCAUUUUCAUGUUCCUCUCCUAUACUUGCAGGGAAAGUAACUUCAGAAAAAGAAAUAGCUUUGCUGUCUCAAAUGAGUAAUACACUUCAAACAGUGGAUGAUGAAAAAAGUGUAUCUUCUUUGCCAACAUCAUCAGAAUUAGUUACAUCAUCGGUGAACCUGACCACAAAAGUUGAAACAAGAGAUAGUGUUGACUUAUUGGGUAGUCAUGUUUCUCAUAGUCACCCUGAGAUAUCAGGUCUUCAGGAACAGCAACGUGUGAAAGUCCUCAAAGAGAACCUUCAUCAAGCAGGACAGUUCAGCAACAAAGUGAGCAGGCAUCAGAAUUUUUGCCACCUGAAGUAAACCAGUUACUUCAAGAUGUAUUAAAAACGAAAUCUGAUGUAAAACAAGGCUCUGGUAACACUCCUGAUAAAGGCCU